AUGAGGGUGGAGGCGCUGCGGCAGCGGGGCGACUGCCCCCCGCAGCGUUCAUCACGACGACAGCGCGGCGCCAGCGAGGCCAAGGAGGGCAGUACUUACAGCAGCAAGGUGUUCCGUGUUACCUUCUUGACUUUGGCUGCGUCUCUGACUGUGCCGCUGCUUGGAGUAACUGUUCUACUGGAUUGUCCUAUAGACCCUCAGCCUAUAAGUUUGAAGGAACCUCCCCUCCUGACGGGUGUACUAGAGCCCAAUAUCAAGUUACGAAAAGCUGAGCGGUUAUGGGAAAACCAGCUGUAUGGACCAGAGUCCAUUGUCAAUAUUGGGGAUAUACUAUUUACUGGGACAGCUGAUGGGAAGAUUAUCAAAAUUGAAGAUGGGGAAAUACAAACAAUAUCCAGAAUUGGCCAUGGUCCUUGUGGAACCCACGAAGAUGAGCCAACGUGUGGAAGACCACUUGGCAUCAGAGUUGGGCCAAAUAACACUCUUUUUGUGGCAGAUGCUUAUUAUGGACUCUAUGAAGUUGAUCCUGAUACAGGUGAAACGAAAAUGCUUGUGUCAACCAAAACAGUAAUUGAAGGUCAGAAGUUGUCAUUUGUAAAUGAUCUUACAAUGACCCGGGAUGGGAGGAAAAUCUACUUCACUGACUCCAGUAGCAAAUGGCAAAGACGAGACUACUUAUUCUUGAUUAUGGAAGGCACAGAUGAUGGGCGCCUCCUUGAAUAUGACACAGUAACAAAAGAAGUGAAAGUCUUAAUGGUGGGGCUGAGGUUUCCCAAUGGUGUGCAGCUCUCUCCUGCAGAAGACUUUGUCCUGGUGCAGGAGACAACCAUGGCUAGAAUCAGGAGGUAUUAUGUAUCUGGGCUGAUGAAAGGUGGAGCAGAUAUGUUUGUUGAGAACAUGCCUGGUCUUCCAGAUAAUAUCAGGUUAAGCAGCUCUGGAGGAUAUUGGGUAGCUAUGGCAGCUGUCCGGCACAAUCCUGGAUUUUCUUUGUUGGAUUUCUUGGCUGAAAAACCAUGGAUUAAAAAGAUGAUAUUUAAGGAAAGAAACGGGACUGUCUCUACUCUAGUCAUGCAGCAACACAGGAUCUACAUUUGGAUAUGUGAAGACUUCACCUUUGUACCUGAAGUGCCUAAAAUACUUAUUGCCAGGUGUCUGAGGAGUGUUUGGGAAGUCUGGCCUGUUCUAAUGACUACCUUGCUGAGUCAGGAAACCGUGACAAAUUUUGUGCCCAAAUAUAGCCUUGUUGUUGAACUUACUGAGACAGGAUCCUACAGAAGAAGCUUUCAUGAUCCCAAUGGAGUGAUGGUAGCUUAUGUUAGCGAGGCACAUGAACACGAUGGAUAUCUUUACCUGGGUUCCUUCCGGUCUCCGUAUAUUUGCAGAAUUAAUCUUCAGCAUGUUUAACUGUCCCUCCAUGAUGAAGUCCCACUGUCCUAUAGUAUUCCAGAGGUACAAAGGAAGCAUAUAUUAGAGGCAGUUUGUGACCAAGGACAAAAAGUGAAAGUCUGUUAACGUGCAGUAGCACUGUUGCCAUAGGAAAACAUACAGCUUGCUGUACCUGUUCUCUUCCUUGAUUUGACUGCUCAUGUUUUGGAGUUGGUGUGCAUAAUUGUUAAUAUCUGAAGAGUAUGGUGGGGCAUCUUCAUUCAGUUAUUUGUUCCUCAGAGAACUUCCACUGCUUUUCCGUGCCCAGCCCUGUUUGGAGUCAUCUUAAACAGACAUCAUUGUGUUGCCUUUAAUGCAACUGUAUGUCUUCUUACACUGGAAGGAUUUGUGAUAUAUGGAAUUUAAUUAUGUAAUAUUUGAAUUGAA